AUGACGAUCUGGAGUCCGACCACCGUCUUCGUAGCUCUGCUCCUUCUCUACCUCCUUUCCUUCAUCCUCUUCGCCAUUAUCCGAAUAGCGACCGGCAUCUCCAUACAACGCAUUGGCUACUUCUCUCUUCGCCGCAUUGCCUACUCGCCGAAGGAAGGGGUUGAAAUAAGCAUCCGCGUGCUGGGUUUAUCCUUCCAUCGACCUUCGUUUGCGCAGCCGACAUGGGUCAGUUUGAAGUUGAAGGAAUUGGCUGUGAUUAUCGAUGCCCAAGCUCUUAAUAGUGGCAGCCAUGAUGGAACACAGACCUCCCAGAACGAGGACUCUGAUACUUCGGAGAAGGAUGAUGUAUUCAAUGAAGGUUUUCAAUCCCGAUCUGGGCCUGGCCACAAGACGCGGAGCAAGUCGUGGAAGCGAUUGACCAGAGUUAAGGACUGGAUCAAGCGUCUACAUAGCCGGAUACAAUGGCUGGCUAUAGUGGAUGUUGUGGCUUCAGAUGCAACUCUCAAGGUCGUGGAUGCCGGAGAGAUCCAUGUCGGAGGGCUCACAAUGGCUGUUGACACAAGAAAGAAAAUGAUGGCAAGGGGGAAGCUAUUUCGGCAUAAGAAGGACCCGCACGGGGACCAGCGACCUGCGGAAUGGAUUUUUAAUGUCCGGAAUAUUUUACUUGCUGCCAAUGGAUGCGAACCUGUGGAAAUCGUGGAUAAUAUUGGCCUGAAUAUUCACGGCCUUCUCCAUAAGGAUUUGGAAGGUCUAAGGGAUGUCUCCAUUGCCAUUAAAGCGGGGAGAUUACAUGUUCCGUACGAUGACCUGAUGAAACUGGCGACGAGUGUGAAGAAAUCUUUCCCUGUUGCAAAGAAUGCUGCUGGUGAGCCAUCAGAUAACGGGAUAUCCUUUGCGGAUAUCGUUGAGGAGCUCGAUAAACCAGGUAGCCGCGAAGGAUCGAUCGUGCAGACCGUUGCUGAUUCGAGGGAAUUCAUCAGUUCAUUAUUGCGUGGAAUACAAGAAAUACAGGUGGCAUUGAGCUUUUUCCGCCUAUCUCAGGUUGUCCAGAGCAUACAUCGCAGUAGGCCGCUCUAUCUCAACAUCGUCACUCACGAAAUUGGGAUUGACUUUCACCGGAUGGAUCCCAACCGCCCGGCCCAUCGCAUGUACUUUCAGCGAGAUGACAUAGCCCACCAAGCUCUGCUUGCCGCUAUUUCAUUGUCUGUUUCGCUCGACGACAAUAUGGGAGAAACAGAUAAGAUCCUCUAUAUCCCUAUGGCUACAACUACCAUUAAGACCACCUCGCUCUCCAAGGCUGUGUCGUACUCCGAGAACAGGGGCGUUGCUGAACGGAACACCAAUGUUCUCUUCGCCAAUCUUGUCGUGACAUCCCCUUCCAUUGAUCUUGAACCAAAACACUUGUCCCAAAUACUAUAUAUUCUGCAAAAGAGGAAACCGCGCUCCCGACGGAAGGUUCGAAACAAUCACAUCCUCAUUUCCCGUCUUUUACCCAAAGCGAGUAUCAAAUUAUCAGUUCAUGAACCUGUGCUUCGAUUUGUUCUUCCUCUUCCCGAGACCGGGCAGGAUCAUAGUUACAAUUUGCUCAUUUCCUCCAUAUCUUCCAUCUCCUUAGAUAUUGAAUCGUCACAUUCUGCGGAAGAAGGAGUCCACUACUCUUUGUCUUCGAUAUACCGAGUGGCCGCGCACCAACUUUAUUACCAAACCUUUUCUGGAUCGAAAUAUCGUCUAUUAAAUACUGAAUCGAUGGAGGUGAAGAUCCACCUCAACGCAACACCCGAAGUUUGUGUCGUCGCAUCCGGGAGUUUAAACACAUUUUCCAUCCAUCUGAUUAGCGGGCAAGUUUCUCGUGGUGUACAUCAGGUGGUUGACCAGUUCCAUUCACAUAUCCAACUGACAAAGUUGCCCUCGUCUCUCGAUGCCAAUCCACCAAGUCUUCUUAGGCGCCUGCCUCCAUGGCUUCUGCAGUUCCAGUUUGAGGCUUCAGGGUUUAGUGUUGAAGUGGCUGGAAUUGAUAAUAGCAUCGGGACGACUGCGCGUGGUACCGUUCUACAGUUGCAAGGGUGGACGGCCGAUUACCAAUCCCAAAAGUCAGAGCCGCAUAGAAGAUCAGUAAAACGUCGAACCCCGAGCCAUUCUACAACUUCAGAUGAACAUGCGUUCCGACUCACCUCUCCUUCUUUUCGAAAGUCUCACCAUUGCCAAGCCGAUGGAAGACGUUUGGCAUUCCAUGUUCGUGGUCUUGAAGGAUUCGUGAUGGAAUCCGCAGAUUUCAUGGAGCCGGAAUCAUUUCUAUCUAUUCCCCGCUUUGAAAUUGCGUUAAGCACGUCAAGCGACCUACAAGGGCCAAUUUUUCAUAUCAACUCUACAGUCAAAGCGAUAUACCUUGACUGUUCCCUUUAUCGAUACUACGCUGUUGGAAUAGCCGUUUGUGUAUUACGGGAUGCCUUUCUACGUCCAAAGACAUCCAAAGCGCCAGCCUCGGGUAACCUACCUGGUGCGGUGAAAGUCGUUGAGCCCAUCGACAUUCCCGUUAGACCUAAAUCGGCUGAGCUUAUUACCAUUGAUGUAAAAGCAUCUCUGAUCCAGAUUAAAUUUACCAUGCCAGCAGAUCCUCCUAUGAUGCUUCAAAUUUAUGGAUUUGCUGCUGGACGUCAUCGAUGGUCUGCUCCCUUUAUGCGAUCACAGCUUGUUCGUCUCCAUGCUGAAGCUCCGAAGAUAAAAAGCACAUGGGCUCGAAUUGUGAGUGUCAGUAACAUUCGAGGGGGUUUGCGGGAAACUCGACGGAAGCCAGAUGGAACCAUCAUCGAAGAGAAGUCUGUCGAUGUUUCCACCGAGUUCAUCCGGGUCGCUGUACCACAUCAGAUGAUAAUGUAUCGGAUAUUCGAUAAUUUUAUCAAUACUGCAAAAUCUGUUCAACAGCUGAACCAUCGCUUCAAAACAAGGACGAACGAGUAUGUCCUGGGAAAACACCCUGAGGGACCGAAACGCGUGCCAAGGAUAUCGCUUCGCAGCAGAGCUAUACUUUUUGAGUUGGAAGAUGAUGCUUUCGAAUGGAAAUUAGGGUGUAUUUACCGCCUGGGGCUUUUGGAACAGAAACAACGCCUGGCUCGAGAGGAAGCAUUCCAUAUGAAAGUCAAAAGACUGGAGGAUCUCCAGCAGCGUCAGGCAUCUUCACGAUACCGAACGCAGUCGAGUCAUGGCAUUCCGGAGCCUCGUUCCACGGCUCGCUCAAAAAGGAGAGAUGAGAAAGUGAGGAGUAAAAGCGCUGAUGGGCGGCCACCCCGCGGCAAUUCCGAACCGAGGGGAAGGAGACCGACUCGGACCGUGAGAUAUGACCCCGAAGGCGUCCCGUCAAUAUCGGACUCGUUCAAAGUUUCCACUCAAGAAGCCCUGUUUAAAUUACAGGAACAUAAUUCCCGGAGUUGGAAAAUUCGAAUUGAUACUUCCAUGCGAUUCCAAAACACUGCGAUCAAAGAAAUUAGAAACAUGUUUUCGGGUGCAGAUGAACCUCUUGAAGACAUUAAAGACGACGAAAAUAUCCUCAAUGUCCCCGACAGGCCUGGGCUCUUAUCUGCCCUGAUUAGUGACGUACAUCUCGUUAUCGAUAAACCUUCUUUCCCUACGAAUGAAUAUCCACAUUUCCUGCAUAGGAUAGGAAAAGGCAUGCCCUUGGACAUGAAGUAUUCUCUAUUGAUCCCCAUGAACAUUCAAUUGGAAAUGGGUGAAGCACGAGCAACUCUUCGAGACUACCCUCUUGACCUACUGCACAUCCCUGCCCUCCGCCAUGGUCAAUCACCCCGCCUCCCAAGUUGGUCGCUGCGGACCGAUGUCGUGAUUGCCGAAGAAUUCCGUGACUAUGAGUCCUCACGCCAUGUGAUGGUUACUAUUGUGCCGCCAAACACAGGAUCCGAUGGCAUCACUCACCCUGGCUUUUCCAUCGAUGUUCGACGAACGGUUUCUCCCAUCAAAACCUACUCAGAUCCGAUCUUUGAAAUUAAUACUAAUUUACCAACUAGCAUAUCUUGGGGGAUGUCAUAUCAGCCUGUCAUGCAGGAUCUGAUGAAAAUCAUCGAGGGCUUCUCAAAGCCGGAGAUUGACCCCUCUGAACGUGUUGGAUUCUGGGAUAAGAUACGCCUAAGUUUCCAUUCUAGAAUAAAUGUUGUUUGGAAAGGGGAUGGUGAUGUUCAUUUACGACUGAAAGGUUCUCGCGACCCUUAUGUAGUCACCGGUUUUGGUGCUGGCUUUGUAAUGUGCUGGCGCAAAGAUGUGCAAUUGGAAAUAUACACGAGAGAUGACCCCAGAGAGCUUAUGGCCGUUACAAGUGGGGAAUAUGUUCUCGCGAUUCCAGACUACAGCCACCACGCUCGCCAUUCAUACGAGGCAACACUUGAUUCUCGCGGUACUCCGCUCAGGUCAUCCAAGGAUAUCUCUCUUUUCAAGAAGGUUAUCAUGAAACUCUCUGGAAAUGUUCGGUGGCUAUCCGGGCUUGUUUUUGAACGGAAUAUCAACUCGUCGGAACGGUCGUUUGAGUUCAAGCCGCAUUAUGAGGUUGUUCUGAAGAAUCCACGAUACAUACCUCUUGACGACCUCAUGGACUACGAUGCUUUCCGUGGAUUCAGAAGCAACCACAUUCAUUUGUCACUUGCCAUUGUGGCACCAGUAACUCGGGUUUGGUCUGUAUCAAACCGUGAACCAUCAACUAGCUACAAUACGGUCCACUUGACACCAAGGUUCUUCACACAUUUUUUUAGCUGGUGGUCUUUGUUUUCUGGAGUUAUGUCAUUACCUGUUCGGCAGGGUCCACUUUGGCCCGGUGUGACCAAAACAAGCAAGAAGUUUGGCCGCCAUUUGGCUACUGUUAAGUAUAAUUUGUUCCUCUCCCCAUUAUUUGUGGCGCAUAUUUACAAGCAUAAAGACGCUGAGGACUAUGGCGAGGAGAUGGUGUCUGCCACUGGAAUUAAAGUUCGCCUCGACAGCCUUAUGCUGGAUCUUCAUCAACGGAGGGAGUUAGUUAAUGUGAUGGUUAAAGGACGUUCGAAACAAACGAAAGCAAGUGCCAUGCGAAUCAACCGGGCACAGUUGGAUUUCAUUUCUGCGGAUUUCAGGGCGGUGUCAGUGGCUAUUGCUGGAACGAAUCUAGCAGAUAUCACCGCUGAGGAUCACAUCUUGUCUACUUUUCAGCAACCAACCCCUCCCGUUGACCUAUCUCGAUUUACCAUACCGGAUCGAGACUUCAACUGGGUUGAUAUGGAUGAUUUCGUAGAACUCGACUGGAUAAUCCCAUCAGAGCCAAACCCUCGUACCCGAAUCCUCCCUCUUGCCUACUCUCCUCGAUUCUCUUAUUUCCGCCAAACAGACCACGAGGAGCUUGGUGUCGAUGAAACCGGAUACAGCCCUUUUGGAGACGAGCCGUCACACUAUUGCGUAAUGUCAGAGGACAAUGAUCCGCGGAGAGUACAAAUGGAGCUGAUCAAGGAACGCAUUGCUAGCCUUGACGCGCAAAUUAUUGCUCAUAACCGGAUGAUUGGAGAACAAGAAUUGCGAGUUGUUCGGGAUAGCCACGCUGCUGAUGGCCUCAAGAGCCAGUAUGAGCUUUUCGUUAAACAAGGUGAAUCACUGCAGAGGCGGGUAAGGUUCUUAGAUGACAGGUUACAGCGUCUUCAGAAACAACUCUCAGGUGACGCGGUGCUGAAUGGUCAGGGAACCGAACAUAGCCGCACAACUCUGGCUGCAGACACGCUAAACUGGGCCUCAUCUGAACACGGUAGCGACGAUGCGGAGAUCGACGGCCUCUAUGCUUCACCGAAUGAUGAGUUCGUUAGUGAUUUCGAUAAUCGCUUCACUAUCCACAAUAUUCAAUUGAAGUGGAACAACUCUCUCCGAAAUAUCAUUCUUCGCUACAUUCACCAGGUCAGCCAGAGACGAGGAUUUGUCUAUUACAUGUCUCAACGAGCGGUGAGGUUUAUCCUAGAUAUUGUAGAGGAACAAGGAAAAUCAAAGAUGCGGUCACGGGAGGCAGGCAAACCGCCUCCAUCUACAUCUACAUCACCACCGGAAUCUGAGGAACAGCCUGAAGACGAUGAAAUUUCUAUUGAAGAUCGCAUCGAACAACUUCUUAACGAUGCAAAACGUUUUGUUAAUGCUGAUGACUCGACGCCGAAUGAAACGAAUCAUCGCUCUUCGACAAGUGCAUGUGGCAAGAAAAUUGCUGCAGACUUCACACCACAAAACAGCUACCAUCUUCGCCUUAUUGCGCCACAAAUCCAGCUACAGAGUGAAAAGAAUAAGAAGGCUGUUGCUCUCGUUACGGCCAAGGGCAUGCAGCUAAAAGUUGUAUCGAUCAUGGAUAAACAUUGUGUAUCAGAUGAUGUUUCCGGCCUGGUACAACGUCGGUUCACUCUAGAUAUGGACAGUGCUCAGUUCUUCGUAACCACCCAUAAAUGUUUGUUCAAGCAUCUUCAUCUAUAUUCUGGUAAUCGGUAUGGAAACGCACCAGGGUCCGCAUGGCCGCCGUGGUUAUCUCUGGAGUGCAUGUUUGACUUCGACCUAGACCCAUCCGGCUUUUCAAGAAUUAUUCAGAAAACCUCCGCAAGCCUCCGGUAUGACAAGUACAAUACCCUGAGAUUGAAAUAUAAUGAGGAGAUUGCGAGUGGCGAGGAUGACGAUAGCAAUCUUCGAAUUCCCACUUGCAGCGAGGAACGGAUGGAUCAAAUCUUGGUUGAGUUUUCUCAUGUUCGGGCGAUAUGUGAUUCGGAUGAGUAUUAUUCCAUGUACAUCAUUGUCCUCGAUCUGCUACUAUUCAGUGAGCCGCUUGAGAAAGUAAGAAGCGAGAAGCUCGAAAAAAUAAUGCUCGCCUCAGAUUUCAGCGAUUUAAGAGGUGCUCCCCAGAUUGUGAGCCGGCUGCAGCAAAGGAUACGGCAACUUGAGGAAAUCAAAAGCAUGUUCCAAAUACAAGCCAAAUAUCUUGAUUCUCAGGGAUGGCAGGAUCGCAUUGCACUAGAACGGGAUUUAGCGCUAUGCGAGGAUGAAUUGUUUUUCAUCAUGAAAGCCAUCACCACUUCACAGCGCAAAAACGACGAACGACCUUUGUCCCAGUCGAGUGGGGUCUUGCACUGGGCCUUAUCAGCGUCCGAGCUCGUGUGGCAUCUAAUGAUGAGCCCCCAAGAGCCUCUUGUGGAGUUCCAAUUGCGGAACGCGUCGUAUACGCGCACUGACAACAUCGAUGGAUCGAAUCGCAAUACAAUAGAGAUUCAGAGGAUCUACGGUCUUAAUCUUCUGCCCAGUGCAAUCUACCCACAAAUGAUUGUUCCUUACCUGGAUGAGCACAGAAAAACGCCAAAAAAUGAGGACGACAAUUUGCUGAGGGUCGAUUGGUUCAUGCUCGAAGCCGUUGCUGGAAUACCUGUGUUGAACCACUUCGAAGUGGCUUUGUUCCCUUUAAAAGUCCAGCUAGAGAGGGAGCUUGGAAAGAAGCUGUUCGAAUACAUUUUCCCCGGUAUUGGUUCCAAUGCGUUUGAGAAUGGGGCUUUCUCGCCUUUUAUGAUAAAGCACAUGCGACCGCAAGAGGAUGGAUCGGAUAGUGGGGAAGAAGAUGCCGAACCCGCUACUCCUUCCAGCAGCAAUGGAAGCAGUUCUGCAGAUGAUUCUCAAUCGUUUGUUUUAGGCCCCGGCGCUAUGGAGAACCGUUUGAAACCUACCCUUAUGCUCUCAGAUCAUCGCCGAUCGGUUUCGCCGUCGCAACGAACCAGAAGCCUCGCAAUGACGCCCCUCCACGACGAAAAUCCUCGCAAGCAGCGAACUGCAAGUGAGAGGCCACGGUCAACCUCUCGCCAUACGACCAGUCGUAUCCCGAGGAAGGCAUCUGCUGAUAAUCUCCGCCCGGUGAGCAGGCAUCUUAAUGACAAAUCAUCAGGGAGUCAACACAGUGUAAACGGGACGGAAGAGAGAUCCAAGAAAUUCGGAUUGGCGAGGUCCUCAACCAGAUCUUCCAACACAAAGAACGAUAAAGCCUCCGAUGACCUAUCCCAGAUGCUCUCCCGCGCUUCUAACUUCAUGACUUUGGCUCAUGUUAAAAUCAACGAUGUCGUUCUUUGCCUGAGUUAUAAGGGAAAAGGGGAACGAAAUAUAGAGGAUGUGCAUAACUUCGUCUUUAGGCUUCCGGUGCUUGAAUAUCGUAAUAAGACUUGGUCCAAUCUAGACCUUGCUUUACGGCUUAAAAAGGACGUUAUUAAAGCGCUCAUCUCUCACACUCCCGCAAUCCUCAGCAACAAACUAUCCCAUCACCGCCCGACAAAGCAGCAACAAAUACGCUUACGUGAACUUGCCUCCUCGUCCCAGGUUCUCAGCGUAUCCGAUGGUUUCCUAAAUCCAUUUACCGCUCCCUCGUCAGAUGGAGCAGGCAGUAUCAUCAGUCACAGCUCCACAAGCGAAAGAUCAGAGUCUCCUCCUUGUCGUUCAUUUGCCUCAACUUCCUCGCCCUUUGGCCGCUCUAAUUCAGUGGCAACUAACCUGGCCCGAUCUGGAACGAUGCCCAACCUUGCAUCUGACUCCCGGUCGGCCAGGAGUGAAAAUAUUGACCCCAGGAAUGACGCUUGCCACCUAUCCCGCGAAUCAGUUUUGAGGCCUCUUACAAGCGAUAAUGGUUCACUACACCAACCGAAUGGGAAUGUGGAUGAUGGUGAUGUUUUGGCCGAAAGGUGA